GGAGUGUUGAAAACACUCGGAUUAUCUCCGAGUUGUUUGCUGAGCAAGUGAAAGCCGGAAAUAGGCCAGGCAAUUAUCUGACACCAAAUGCGUUUGAUGAGUGUGGAAAGCAAUUUAAGAUGAGAACUGGGCUGGACUACACAUAUACGCAAUUGAAAAACAAAUGGGACAAGCUUAAAGGUGAUUUCAGCCUAUUCAAGAAACUCAAGUUCCGGGAGACCGGAGCCGGAUGGGACUAUGUGAACAACACCGUGUCACAAGAUGAUGAGUGGUGGAAAAAGGCUAAAAUUGACAUUAAAGGUUGUGGCAAGUUCAAGAAGAAAGGACUUGCUAAUGAGGAAAACUUGCGGGUUAUAUUUGGAGAUUUCACAAGUGAUGGUACUGACCAUUGGAAUCCCUCUUCUGGCAUACCUCCCCCCACUAGUGCGGCGGUGAAAGCCGCCAUCAAUGUUGAUGACAUCGAAGAUCUUGAUUUGGAUGAUACCGGAGAAGAAGCAUCUCAAGCAACACCUACUUCAUCUAAAGUGAGGCUUGGGAUCAUCAUUCCGGAGAAGAACAAGAAACCAAAGAUCGCACAAGUGAUGUGUGACCAAGUUACAAGAAUUGGUGACAUUGCCGAGGCUUCUCACUCUUCAUUUCAGUCUUUCAUGAAGCAAGAUGAGGCAAACUGUGUGAACUCGGUCAUGGAUGAAGUCAUUGCUUGUGGUGCAACAGUCGGUACCGAUGAGUUCUUCAUGGCUAGCGAGUUGUUUGUGAAGAGGGCUCAAAGGGAGAUGUUUCUUUACAUUCCUCUUGAGUCCCGGAAGAGUUGGUUGCGUAGGAAGUAUGACUUGAAGUAUGGGAAAUAGUUUACAUGUCUACCAUUCCAUCUAUGUGUGAUGGCCGGUUAUCUUUUAUGUUGAACUUGAAACUAGUGCUUGGUACCAUUUCAUCAUUUAUGUUGAACAAUCUUUUAUGUUGUUGAACCUAUUAUGAGCUAUUUAUGAAUGCAUUUUGCGGAACCAUCUUUUAUGUCCAUGUUGUUGAACCUACUAUUUGCUUUUUAUGAAUGCAUUGUGGAACCAUCUUUUAUGUUCAUGUUCUUGAUCCAAUUGGUGCUAACUUGUGUUUCAUAUGUUGACGGUUGUUUAUUUGCAGAUGUCUUCGGAUAGUGAAAGUGAUGAUGACAAUAAUUAUGAAAGAAAGAAAGCUAUGGUUCUUCAAUAUCAACAUGAUAUGAUCAUGCUUUAUUCAGGUGUGUCAUCCAUAGUUGGGAGGUAUUGUAAAAGUUGGGUCAUGAAGGCCGAUCCUAGGACAUCUAGGUUGACUGGAUUUGAAUGGUUGCGAGAGACUAUUGGUACACCCGGAGAGACGUACACAAUGUUGAGAAUGAAUGCAAAUGUGUUCUUUGAUCUUCAUGACAAGUUGGUGGCGGAGUAUGGCCUCA